UCAUCCAAGUUGACCAUGCAACUCAAGUGAGCUGGUACCAGUCCGUUCUUUGUCAAGAUCUCAUCAAGGUUGCUUGCACAGUUGUUUACUGUGCCAUUUAUCUAAAUAUCUGUAAUGUGUGCUUGUAAUAUUGACUCAUGAUAAAAUCUCCCUCCGUUCCAAAAUACUUGAAGUUCAAAGUUUGUCCUAAGUCAAACUUCUUUAACUUUUGACCAAGUCUACAUAAAACUAUACAGACAUUUACAGCACCACAUUAGUUCAUUAGCUUAACCAUAAAAUAUAUUUUCAUAGUAUAGAUGUUUGAUGUUGUAGAUAUUAGCAAAAUUUCCUGUACACGGUCAAACUUAAAGAAGUUUUGACUUAGGACAGACCUAGAACAUCUAGUAUUUUGGAACGGAGGGAAUAGUUAAUUGGCAACUCUUUUCUUUGCGUGUUUAGUAGUUCCAAGUCCAAUAUUUAUUUUUAAACCUCAUAUACUUCGAACUGGAGGUACACCAGAUAUAUUGUAUCAUUGUAUGCUCUUCUUGUUCUUGUUUAUAGAUAAAAGGUGUAUACCUGUUUAUCAGUAGUAUACAGAAGAUUGUACAUAAUUUUUUUUAAGUAACAUGUUAUUGAGUUAUAUGGUACUCUGAUGAUUGAUAUUGAUAAACUGCCAUUGAAAAUGGAUAUGUAUGAUGUUUUUUCAGUCAAACUCUUAAAAUAUGAACUUGUCACGGUGGUUGAAAUGUUUGUAAUAAUAUUAUAAGUUAAGUAACAGUACCCAAAUAUGUUUCUCAUUCAUACCGCUGUUAGUGGUUGAAUGUAAGAUUGAUUUUUUAUAACGGGUCGUUGUGAAUGCUUGACUAAUUUCACAUUAUUCUUGUUAUUUGUAUGCAUACAAUUUCCAGAAAACUAUCGCAUGCACACAGCAUCUCUUGACCCGAGGGUUGGCAACUUAUACACUGUCUGCUUGUUCAUCUAGCCACUAGCCUUCUAGUAGUACUAAUGGUAUGCAACGGGAGACUCGCUGGGAACCACCACCGUCCAUUUACUAGGAUCAGGAUGAUGAUACAUGUGGGCAUGUGGUUACAAACCUGCUUUUAGAUUCCCACAGCUGUGCGCGACUACAUUCCAAUGUGUAGUUAGGUACUUAGGUCUCUCAUAGAAAUGCACGAACACAAUUUUUCCUCUUCUGGUUCGGGACCAUCCUACUCCUGCCUUGGUUUUCCUCGGUGCAAAAAGAACGAUGAUGGUUUCAUGAGAAUGGUGCCUUGUCCAAUGAAGAAACAUGGGACAAGCUAGUAGCCUCCAAUUUGGCUGUUUGGGAAAAUGGACGAUGGGCACUAGUCUUGCCUAGAGGUGCUUGCUUGUCUCUUUUGAUGUCCCUUUUUUUAUUCUUUUAUUGCUCUUUUGUGAUUCUUUUGUCAAAUCACCUACUUGUAGCGUCUCCAUGACCACUAGAACUAAAAUAUACAACAUGGGUUUUUCUGUUCAUUUUUCUCUAGUACCUGGCCCAUGAAUUCACCGUUAGUAAUUGUUUUUCUCCUCUGUGAAUAAUUCACUAUUGGUAAUUGUUUUUCUCCUCUGUGAAGAAUUCACUAUUGGUAAUUGUUUUUCUCCUCUGUGAAGAGGAGCCCAUGAAUUCACUAUCAGUACUCCGUCCGUUCCAUAUUAGUUGUCACUGAAACGGAUGUAUCUAGACGUUUUUCAGUGCUAGAUACAUCCGUUUGAGCGACAACUAAUAUGGAACGGAGGGAGUAAUUGUUUUUCUCCUCUGUGAAGAGGAGCCCAACCUGAUAAGUAUCAAAUGUAAUAAUAUCUUCCACUUGGAAUUCAGGCAGAGGAUCUAUCCACACCAUGGCACAAAGCUGAGUUGAAGCAUAUAACAUCUGAUGUUCUUCUUCUAGAUCAUCCUGCCAAGGAUGACUACAAAUAAGAUACUGCACCACCAGGAGCUACAUGGCGAUCAAUCCAUCUCUGAUGUUUCAGGCAUAGUGGAUGAGACCUUGGGAAAGAGUCCCUUGGAUAGGCAGGAUACACUGAAAUACAGGGUGUUUGCUAGUACUUGGAAUAUUGGCGGCAUAGCACCAACAGAUGAUCUGGACUUGGAGGAUUGGUUGGAUACAAGAGCUAACUCCUAUGACAUCUAUGUUCUAGGGUUCCAAGAAAUAGUGCCACUGAAUGCAGUAAAUGUGCUUGGUCCUAGCAAGAGGUGUAUCUCUACAAAGUGGAACUCACUAAUUGGGAAGGCACUAAACAAAAAGAAGACACGAGACGGAGCACAGUUGCAGCAUACAACUACAAAUAGUAGUGCAAUGGAAAGCUUUGGACAAGAGGAGUGCUUUAUAUGCAUCAGGAGCAAGCAGAUGGUGGGCAUCUUUACCUCAGUCUGGGUGAGAAGCAAUCUUAGGUUAUACAUUCACCAUCUGGAUGCGUCAUGUGUUGGUUCGGGUAUCAUGGGCUAUCUAGGGAACAAGGGUUCAGUAUCAGUUCGAUUUCUGCUGCAUGAGACGAGCUUUUGUGUUGUUUGUUGUCACCUGGCUUCAGGUGGCAAACAAGGGGAUGUGCUGCUGAGGAAUUUUGAUGCAGCGGAUAUACUUGCAAGGACGAGAUUUCAUGGUGGUGGUGGUGGAAAUAAAAAACUGCCAAAGAAAAUCCUCGAUCAUGACCAAGUAGUUUUGCUCGGUGACUUGAAUUAUAGGAUAUCACUGGAAGAGCCUGAGACAAGGUUGCUGGUGAAAGCUAAGAACUGGUCCACCUUGUUAGAGAACGAUCAGCUAGUGUCUGAAUUCUCAACGGGUCGGCUUUUUGAGGGCUUUCAGGAAGGGCCGGUCACCUUCUCUCCCACCUACAAGUACCAGCCAAACUCUGAUCAGUACUACUGGUGCUUCGAAGCAGCGCGAGGGGAGAAGAAGCGUGCUCCCGCAUGGUGUGAUCGCAUUCUUUGGCGCGGCAAGGGCCUGAAACAAAUCCAAUAUGGGACCUGCGACUACAAGUUGUCAGACCACCGGCCGGUGAGAGCUGGUUUCAUUGCUGAGUGCAGGAUCAGGGGAGAUGCGGAGGACUCUAUUGGUGGCUUCAUGCGCUGAACUCUGCAGCCGAUGGUCGAGAUGGAAGUUAUGCACCAUCCAACCAGAGGCACUGCCGUCCGAUCUAAAAUAUGGAACAAUCACGGACAUAGCGAAACCAUGAUGGAUUUUGACGAGAUCUUGAGCGUUCAUUGGCGACCAGUGUGCAACUGGGAAGUAGACUAGUCUGAUGUUCUUAUCAGUGACGCUGUAUAAAUUUUUUGUUCUCAUCCUCAUCUCUAAAACGUCUUAUAUUUGUUUACAGAGGGAGUAUUUACCUAGCAAGUAUUUUGUACACAUUAUGGCUAAAAGAAAUUAGGAGUUUUCCAGUUGAA